AUGCGUUCUUCGCGAUCUCACCAUCAUCACCGUUCCUCCCGUUCUGAACGCCAUCUUUCACGUGCUGACAGCACGGAGACAAGUCCUAUUGGCACUGAUGAAGUGCAGCCAGCGAGUGGUAUUGGUAUCCUUGAUGAUGAUGAAAUACAAAGUAAUCAACCUGCACAUAGUGGUGAGAUACCAGCUGCUAUCUAUGAUGUUGGUCUUGGCGUCGGAGCUUCAAUUCAGAGUACAGGAAGUGGAGGGAAUGCCCCCUCUGGGCGAGGAGUUACUGGAUUGAGUGAGGAGGAUGUUUAUCUCUCUCGAUCAGGCCGCGAGUUUGAACCUCGAAGGGAUCACCGUGAAUAUGAUAGAGAUCGCGAAAGAGAUCGAGACCGUGAUCGUGAAAGAGAACGCGAAAGAGAACGCGAACGCUACCGGGAACGUGAUCGUGAACGCCGAGAAGCGAUGCGUCAUUCCGUUGCCCUAGCACGCGCCUCCCGGCAUCACCGUCAUUAUGAAGGUAUCACAACUCCAGUACGGCCUAGAGUUCGGCGUAGCUCCAGGUCGAGGUCCCGCUCACGAUCUCGUUCGCGAUCUGCCUCUGGCAGCAUCACACGAUCCCCGGGAAGAGAGGAACGAACAGGUGAAUCACUGAGCACGGAUGCAGCCUUUCAAGCCGUGCUAGCGGCAGCUGCCAGUGUGGAAGCCGCAAUCGGGAUGAAGUGA